AUGCUUUCCGGCGUGCUGAUAUUCAAUCAAAAAGGCGAGAACCUCAUCUUUCGCGCCUUCCGCAAUGACUGCCGCCCGCGACUCGCCGACGUCUUCCGCAUCCAGGUCAUCUCCAACGCGCAGGUCCGGUCUCCCAUCCUGACGCUCGGCAGCACCACCUUCAGCCACGUCAAGCACGAGAACAUCUACCUCGUCGCGAUAACGAAGAGCAAUGCCAACGCGGCGCUGGUGUUUGAGUUCCUGUACCGCCUCAUACAGCUAGGCAAGGGCUACUUUGGCAAGUUUGACGAGGAGGCCGUCAAGAACAACUUUGUCUUGGUUUACGAAUUGCUAGAUGAAAUUAUCGACUUUGGAUACCCUCAAAACACCGAAACGGACACGUUGAAGAUGUACAUCACCACGGAAGGCGUCAAGUCCGAGGCGCGACCAGAAGACACCUCCAAGAUCACGAUGCAGGCCACGGGCGCCUUGUCCUGGCGCAAGGCGGACGUCAAGUACCGAAAAAACGAAGCAUUCGUCGACGUCAUCGAAGACGUCAACCUGCUCAUGUCGGCGACCGGCGCGGUCCUACGCGCCGACGUCACCGGCCAGAUCGUCAUGCGGGCGUACCUCUCCGGCACGCCCGAGUGCAAGUUCGGCCUCAACGACCGGCUGCUCCUCGACAACGACGGGCUCAAUUCGCUGCAAAGCGGCAACAAGCUCGGCUCCAAGGCGACCAAGGCCGCCGCGGGCAGCGUGACCCUGGAAGACUGCCAGUUCCACCAGUGCGUGCGCCUCGGCAAGUUCGACAGCGACCGCAUCAUCAGCUUCGUGCCGCCCGACGGCGAGUUCGAGCUGAUGCGGUACCGCGCGACGGAGAACGUCAACCUACCGUUCAAGGUGCACGCCAUCGUCAACGAGGUCGGGCGGUCCAAGGUGGAGUACAGCAUCGGCGUACGGGCCAACUUUGGCCCCAAGCUGUUCGCCACCAACGUCGUGGUGCGCAUCCCGACGCCGCUCAACACGGCCAAGAUCGUGGAGCGCUGCACCCAGGGCAAGGCCAGGUACGAGCCCAGCGAGAACUGCAUCGUCUGGAAGAUUGCGCGCUUCACGGGGCAGAGCGAGUACGUGCUGAGCGCCGAGGCCCAGCUGACGAGCAUGACGAACCAGCGCGCGUGGAGCCGGCCGCCGCUGAGUCUGAAUUUCAGCCUGCUCAUGUUUACGAGCUCGGGGCUACUGGUGCGGUACCUGAAGGUGUUUGAGAAGAGCAACUAUUCCAGCGUCAAGUGGGUGCGAUUUUAA